UUGUAAACAAGAUGGCGGAAGAGCUUCUAAACUUCGGAACAACUUGAAUUGCACAAGUUUUAAUUAGUUAAAUUGCUGGUGUACUGUGGAGCUGGAGAAAUAGCAAUGUAAAUGUGACUCUUAUGAAAUAGAACAAGGAGUCAUUUGGUCAGUGUUAGGUCAAUACAUAUAUCAUUUAAAAUCAUGGAUAAGUAUGAACGAAUACACUCCAUUGGAAAAGGGGCAUGUGGAGAGGUGAUGCUCGUGCGAAACAUGUCUACCAAAAAGAUGUUAGCAAUGAAGAGGAUUGAGCUAGAUGAGAAAAAGAAAACUCGUACAAAAGAAGCUGUUUUACGUGAGGCUAAUAUCCUAGCUGAAUUGAAGCAUCCUCAUAUAGUGUCAUAUCAUGAUUCCUUCUUUGAUGAGAAAGAAGAAUAUCUCUAUAUUGUUCAGGAUUACUGUGAUGGAGGAACUCUAGAUGACAAGAUUAAAGCUGCUGCUGUGACACAGUCCUUCUUCCCUGAAAAAGAUAUCAUGCAUUGGUUUAUUCAGAUUGCAAUGGCUGUUCAACAUAUGCAUUCCAAGAAGAUUUUACACAGAGAUUUGAAAAGUCAGAAUGUUUUUCUCACCAAGAAGGGUGUUGUUAAAUUAGGUGACUUUGGCAUAUCCAAAAUGAUGGACAACACAUUAGACAUGGCCAUGACUUGUGUUGGUACUCCAUGUUACCUUAGUCCAGAACUAUGUCAAGACAUUCCAUACAGCUCAAAGUCAGAUAUCUGGGCCUUGGGAUGCCUUCUCUAUGAAAUGUGUGCCUUAGCUCCAGCCUUUGAUGCAUACAAUCUGGUCAGCCUGUUCUAUAAGAUAGUCAGAGGAGAGUAUGCAGAUGUACCUGAUAUUUAUUCUGAUGCUUUCAAAGAUCUGGUAAAAACCAUUUUAAACAAGUCCCCAGAGGAAAGACCAAGUGCUAGUGCAAUAUUGAAUCUACAUUUUGUGAAAGAGCAUUUAUCUGAGUUUAUAGAAGAGAAGGAGUAUCUUCUGCAGCAGAAAAUCAUCAAAGAUACAUCCUUGCAAUUUUCUAAAGGUGCUUCAAAUCGACCAAAAAGCUCCCCAUUGAACCGCAGCCUCUCAGUAGAACCCACCCCAGCCAAAGAAGGCCCUCGUCUGAGAAGGCAGAGGCCAAGUACAGCUCACCCAGACACAACCAAUUCUUCUUCCUGUGACAGCAGUUAUGUCAAGAGCAGUGGAGACAGUAAUGAUUUUUCUGUAGAUGUGCUUUCAGAUGUUAAUAAAGACAGUGAAAUUGUGGAAGAAGUACUGCCAGAUGUGAAAACAAGUAAUGAGGGAGAGGAGUCAGACUACUCAGAUGAUUUUGAUGAAGAGGCAGUGAAUUCAGCUUCAGAUGUGGAAGAAGCUUACAAGCAGAUUCUAAGUAACAUGGAUGAAAUUCCUGAGGAACUGCCAGAAGUGGAAGAUAGUGAGAAUUCUGACUCAGCCCAGGAAGAUGACUAUGAUGAUGAUUUUGAAGAUUAUAUGGAAGGGGACCUUGAUAACCUGUUGGCAUCUGCUAAGGAAGCCAAUGAACUCCCAGCAGGAAGUGAUGAGAUAAUUGUAGAUGAACAUGGAGAUGGAUCAUCAUCCUGCAGACAUUUUAUUAGAGAGCACUGCAUGCAGGCUUUGGGCAAAAACAAAUUUGAGGAAGUCAAGAAUUUCUGUGAAAUGGAAGGCAUAGAUGAGGAGGGAUUUGGGCCAAAAUUUGAACACAUUGUGGGAUCAGAUCACAUGGAAACCUGCUACUUACUCAGUGAGAUAUUAGCAGAUAAAUAGACAUCUGAGUAAUGACCUGGAGGGGGUUAUUGCUCUUGGCAAUACUUAGGAGAAAAUCUGUGAUGGGAAGGUAUAAUAGGGCAAAUGUCAAUAUGGAUUUCAUGGUUACUGAGUUUUUUAAAAUUCACUUGACUCUACCGUCCAGACAAGAAAAACUGUGAGUUAAAUGAAGUGAUAAGACUAAGAAAAAACACAACAAGUGCAAACCAGAAUCAGGGUAACUAGAGAAUAUGCCUUACCAUAUAUAUGACAGAUCUGAUGAAUAAUCUGGGUUUGCGUUUGUCGUAUGAUCUCAACCUUGAAGGCAGUAGCAGGCAGUAUAAAAUUAUGUAUAUGUGCUGCUGGUAAACCUAACAGAAUAUGCAUUUAUGUAUAUAUUGUUUUAAGAGUUGUUUUGCAUGUAUUUACAUGUACAUUUUCAAAAAGAUACAGUUGUUACUCAAGAAUUAUUACAACUUGAAGGCACACCCGAGCUCUGGCUACUGCUUAGAUUCUUCAUAGUUUUCCUUGUGACUGAAAUAAAAGUAACAGUAAAUUGCUGCCUGCAACUUGCCAUAUCUGCUAGCACCUACUGGUAUCAAACACGAUAAUAAGUUUAAUGCUGCCUCAUAAAUGGAAUGUACAAAAUUAAUAAUGGUUUUAUGCCUCUAGAUCAUGCUCAUGCAAGAAUAUUCAGUGGAUUUUUGUGAAAACUUAAAUUUCCUCCCUCUUUCAUUUAUACCUCAUGUGCAUUUGUUUUGGCCAAAUAUAAAUUUUGGACAGGGCACACAAUGUAGAUGAUUUUUAAGACAUUUGAUUUACUCCUUAGAAAUUUAUCUUGAAAACUGGUAUUUUAGCACAUGAAAGUAAAUACUCUUUUUCACUGUUUCAAAACCUAGAAGCAUACGGAUUUAAAAGGGUAGAGCCUGUUAAUUUUAUUCUGAUUAUUUAUUAGAAACAUUCUGAGAAGGAUUAACACUGUGAUGAUAUUGUAUUCAUCAGCCUAGGCAUAAUUAUCAUACUGAUAUCUUUAUUUUAUAUAUUCCAAUGUCAAUAUGGAUUCAUAUUACAUGCACCUUGUUUGCACUAAAGGUGAAUUUUUAGGUAAUUUGCAAGUGUUAUCUCGACUUGCCCACAUA